CUUACUUGUAAGUUCUGACUUCACAUCGGCAAAUUCGAAAUAAUCUGCCACUCCCGAAAGGACUACAUUGAUUUUGCUGGCAAUUCUUUGAAAAUUUUAAAUUGGCUGAGCUCUCUAACUUAAAUUCCGAUUUGAAAUCUUACGCAUUUUCAUAUAAGGGAAUCAAGAAACAACCCCAACAUCGUCCAAUCUUAGGUGGUGUGAUUUGAGAACAGUAAAAAAGAAUGGCGGGAGGCGAGGAAUUUGUUGAAGCAGACAAUGCAGAGGCAAUUAUCACGAGAAUCGAACACAAAUCUCGCAAGAUCGAAAGCUUACUAAAACAGUCUAAGCCAGUAGAGGCUCUUAAAACUGCCCUCGAAGGCUCACCUCCCAAGACUCAAGACGAGCGGUGCAAGUCAGCAAAUUGGAUAGUGGUUCAUAGGGCAAUUAUGGCUAUUAAAGAUGUCGAUGGCAUGUUCUCUUCUUUGGAUCCUGAGUACUAUGAUAUUCUAAUGAAGUACCUUUAUAGGGGUUUGUCUACAGGAGAUCGCCCCACUUGUGACCAAUGCCUGCGAAUACAUGAUAAGCUGACUGAAAGAGCUGGUUUGGGAUGCAUACUCCGCUGCCUUGCAGACACGGUGAAUACAGUUUGAUCUUCAUUACUCCUAAAAUAUAAACUUCUAAGGAAUCACCUGCCCAUGUUUUUGUUCUUAUAUGUAUGACCAAUGCAGAUUAUAGUUCACCAUUGUAAUUGUGAAAUUUUCAUUGACACUCUGUGCAGAAGCUUUCUACUUGUUCAAAAUAUUUUUUCCCUUUGGAAGUUUACUUGAUAUGAUAUCAAU